AAAAACACACUCUUGGGGAUCUUGGGUGCCAUGAGCCUUGCGUGCGCUCGUUGGGGAUGGAAUAGGCGAAACCGACUUGUCUUCGGAUUGUGCUUGGGUGGGACGAAAACCAAGAAGAGGAGGAGGCAAAUUCUUCAAGCAGUUCAAUAGCAUCACAUACCAUCUCCAAAUCUUAACCCAGGUAUCCAUUCUUCACUCUUUCCACCUUAAGCAACAAGCUUUGUUUCUCAACCAAAUCAAAUGCUUCGUUUAAUUUGCAUAAAACUGCCCCGAGAAUUGAAGCACAAAGCUUCAUCCCUAACCCAUGGCCACUUCUUCUCAACCUCCUCUAUCAAACCCAGCGCAGAACUCCCUAAUUCCAAGGACCCACAAUCUCUGACAGUCUCCUUCCUCCAAAACUCAUGCGGGUUGUCCUUGGAAUCAGCCAUUUCAGCUUCCCAGAAGCUCAACAUUGACAACCCAAAGAACCCCAACUCAGUUCUGGACCUGUUGAGAACUCACGGUUUGACUCAGACCCAUAUCAGAAAUCUAAUUAGCAGUCGUCCAUUAUUGCUUUUGGCUGAUUUAGAGAAUACCCUUAAGCCCAACAUGGAGUUGUUUGAAUCCUUGGGGUUCUCUGGCACUAGCCUUGCUAAAAUGCUUAGCAGAGACCCACGUGUGCUUGAAAGUGAUGCAUACACUGUGGUUGAGUUCUUUAGAGCACGUGGUUUCAGAGAUGAGCAAAUAUCAACUUUGACCAUGAAGCGUCCACUAUUGUAUUUACUCAAUGCACACAAGAACUUUAAGCCAAAGUUGGAUUUUUUCAAAUCUUUGGGCUUUUCGGAUCUUGAAAUUACAAAGCUUCUAUCCAAGAGUCCUACUAUUCUACAAAGGAGCCUCGAAAAGCAAAUCAUUCCUUGUGUUCAAGAGCUUAGGCGGAUUCUUGGCACUGAUGAGAAUGUCUUAAAGGCUAUAAAGGCUGGCCACGGGUUAAUUGAAGUUAAUGUGGAAAAAGCGCUCAAGCCCAACAUGUCGAUGUUGAUAAGCCAUGGGGUGCCCCAGUCAGUAAUUUUGAAACUGUUAUUUUUAAGACCAAAUCCACUGUUCAUGUCCUCUUGUCGGUUUAGUGAGAUUGUUAGUGAAGUUAUGAAAUUGGGUUUUGAUCCCAAUAUUCUGCAAUUUAUUAUAGCCAUCCGUUCCCUAGCAAUGAAUAAGAUACUGUGGGAGCGAAAGGUGGAAGCUUAUAAAAGUUUUGGUUUGUCGAAGGAUGAGAUCUAUUCAGCAUUCAAAAGGCGGCCAUUGUUUAUGCGUGUUUCAGAGAAGAAGAUCCAGAAAUCGAUGGGUUUCUUUGUGAACAAACUGAAGAUGAAGCCUUCUCUAAUUUCCAAGAAUCCUAUUCUUAUACGGUUUAGCUUGGAGAAGAGAAUUAUUCCGAGGUGUUCAGUUCUGCAACUUUUGAUUUCAAAGAGGUUGAUCAAGGAAGAUACUAGCAUUUCUCAUGCAAUCAGAAUGACUGAGAACAAAUUCGUGGAGAAGUUAGUGAGCAAGUAUCAAAAUGAGGUCCCUGAUGUUGUUAGAGCGCACCAAGGGAAGAUAGAAUUUCAAGGGUUCCCCAUUGAUUUGAAAAUGUGAGUCAUCAUGAGAUCAUCGCAUGCUCUGGGCAUUGCCCGAAAAUCAUGCGUUCAGUUUGAGUUCAUUAUGUUGGCAGCGGGCUGUUUUCUUCAUCUAAGGAAUGCAAUAAAUUCUAGAUGUUUUGCAUUAGCUUCAUAUAGUUUAAUCCAUCUGCAUCACAGCCAUACAGUUCAGGAGAUGGAAAUCCUGGAGUACUCUGAUUACUUGGGAGGAUGAUGUAAUUUGCAAAGUAGUUGAAAUGUGAAGGCAUUCUAGGAUGUUUAAGAGUGCGAGGCCUUAUGAUCAGAUUUUAUCAUAUUUAACUUUUUGAGAUAUGUUGAUUUAAUUUUCAUUCAGCUUCGUUCCGGUAGUGACUGUUGCUUCCAAGCUGGGAUUCGUGAAGGGUUGAUGAAUAUUUCGAGUUGUUCUCCUCUAUGAGGUGAGGCAGACAAUUUUGACAAUGGCAGACCUACGUGCUUGCAUACUGGAAAACUUGCUUUCUUGGCAAUUUUAGUCUUUGGAGGGAUUGUUUUGCAAAUUUUGGCAUGCCAUAUUAAAGCAUGGCGGCAAUGGAGUUCUCAUCCUUUUUCAUAUUUGUAUUUGCCAUAAGGUGUUACAUUGGGAUGAAUUCUGAAAGAUGAUUUACAGUGUGCUUUGAGAUAUGGCUCUCCAGGUUCCUUGCUCAAUUUGUGUAAACAAAAGUAUCAGUCUUUUGACUCUUUUGUUUCAUGUCUACUUGAGCUUUGCCUUUGUCGAUUUAGAGAGAUUUUUUUUUUUUUUUGUCCAUGUGGUGAGUGCCUUUAUUUCAAUAGAAGGGUUUUAAAACAUUUUGAUGCAGAGAGAGACUGAUAAUUAUCAUUGAAACAAGAAGGCUAUCAAUUCUUUUUCCAUA